UGCACGAGCGGCGCAUGCUCCUGGGUCCAGUCUGAUAGAGACGAGAUGGCGGCAGCGGCGUCUAAGAGGAUGAGCGUCCGACAGAGAGUUCCUGCUAAGAGCGACCGGGACCGGACCAGCCAGGAAGUCAGCACCGGGAAUGAAGUGAUGCAGUCCUGAAAAUCAAGCUCUUCACAGUCCUCCCAAAGCACACUCUGUACUGCCCUCCCUUUCCAGGACGUCCUCUCCAUAUUUGGUCCAGUCCAGUCAGUAUCUCUGAACCUACAAUGAAUCACUCUGAGAACUUGGCCGGAAAAGUAGUUUAGUGCACAUUCCAACGAGAUCGCUUCAUCCUGUUCCUCACAUGUUGGCCAGAGUCCAAGGAAACCCAACCUAACAGAAAAACAUCUGGUUUCUAGUUUUUCAGAAGUCAGUACGUGUGUGUGUGUGUGUGUGUGUUUGCUUUAACGCUAAAUCAAAGUACCUCUUAUCUGCAUGAAAAUAUGACAACAAAAGUACAAACACACAUAUUCUACAGCUGUAAUCAUAUCUUAACUAAACCUUAUCUCUAAAUAUGAAUUCUGCCUUCUGAACCUUGUGGGUUCACUUUCUCUGUCUGUGUCACACAGAGAGACUGACCUGGAUUUAUCCUCCAUACUUGCUGCACCAUUACAUCUCACUCACCGUCUUUCUCUCUGUAUGUCUGUUAUUAUAGAAACAGAGAGGAAGAGAUGGACUUAAACAACACCACUGUGACAAAUCCUUCAGAACAUCUGGACAGUCAAAGAAUCAUCGGAGAGUUCACACUGGAGAGAAACCGUACAGCUGUGACCAGUGUGGGAAGGUUUUCUCUACUUUAAGUAAUCUAAAAAGUCACAAAUAUGUUCACAUGGGGGAGAAACCGUACAGCUGUGACCAGUGUGGGAAGGUUUUCUCUACUUUAAGUAAUCUAAAAAGUCACAAAUAUGUUCACAUGGGGGAGAAACCGUACAGCUGUGACCAGUGUGGGAAGGUUUUCUCUACUUUAAGUAAUCUAAAAAGUCACAAAUAUGUUCACAUGGGGGAGAAACCGUACAGCUGUGACCAGUGUGGGAAGGUUUUCUCUACUUUAAGUAAUCUAAAAAGUCACAAAUAUGUUCACAUGGGGGAGAAACCGUACAGCUGUGACCAGUGUGGGAAGGUUUUCUCUACUUUAAGUAAUCUAAAAAGUCACAAAUAUGUUCACAUGGGGGAGAAACCGUACAGCUGUGACCAGUGUGGGAAGGUUUUCUCUACUUUAAGUAAUCUAAAAAGUCACAAAUAUGUUCACAUGGGGGAGAAACCGUACAGCUGUGACCAGUGUGGGAAGGUUUUCUCUACUUUAAGUAAUCUAAAAAGUCACAAAUAUGUUCACAUGGGGGAGAAACCGUACAGCUGUGACCAGUGUGGGAAGGUUUUCUCUACUUUAAGUAAUCUAAAAAGUCACAAAUAUGUUCACAUGGGGGAGAAACCGUACAGCUGUGACCAGUGUGGGAAGGUUUUCUCUACUUUAAGUAAUCUAAAAAGUCACAAAUAUGUUCACAUGGGGGAGAAACCGUACAGCUGUGACCAGUGUGGGAAGGUUUUCUCUACUUUAAGUAAUCUAAAAAGUCACAAAUAUGUUCACAUGGGGGAGAAACCGUACAGCUGUGACCAGUGUGGGAAGGUUUUCUCUACUUUAAGUAAUCUAAAAAGUCACAAAUAUGUUCACAUGGGGGAGAAACCAUACUGCUGUGACCAGUGUGGGAAGGUUUUCUCUACUUUAAGUAAUCUAAAAAGUCACAAAUAUGUUCACAUGGGGGAGAAACCGUACAGCUGUGACCAAUGUGGGAAAACAUUUACUCACAGUAAAACCCUGAAACGGCACCAAUGCGGUCACGCUGCAUCGCUGUAAACAUUUUUCAGAGCCAAGCUAGCUCUUGCCUGCUGCCUCCUCCUCAUGCUGUGUUAUAUUGUGAGCUUCUCUUUAAACUGAGAGAUAGACAACAGUAACUUUAUAUUCUGAGCAGCAUGUGCGUUAAUGUGUUAACUGUUUCUACUGAUGUUAUUAUGAAUUCGUAAACAAGUGUCAAUGAA